GGGGCGGGGCCCGGGAGCGCCCGUCCCCCGGCCCCGCUAUAAUGUCGGGCCCCGGCGGGCGGCAGGCGGCGGGCGGAGAACAUGGACUUCGCCCGCCUGUGGCUAGGGUUGCUGCUGCCUUCGGUAGCUGCGCUGGAUUUCGGCUACCACCACCAGGAAGAGAUGGAAGCGUUUUUGAAGAAUGUGGCCCAAAACUACAGUUCUAUCACUCGCUUACACAGUAUUGGGAAGUCUGUGAAAGGCAGAAACCUGUGGGUUCUUGUCGUGGGGCGCUUCCCAAAGGAGCACAGAAUUGGGAUUCCAGAGUUCAAAUACGUGGCCAACAUGCACGGAGACGAGACUGUCGGGCGGGAGCUCCUUCUGCACUUAAUUGAACAUCUCGUAACCAAUGAUGGAAAAGACUUUGAAAUCACAAAUUUAAUCCACAGCACCCGGAUACACUUCCUGCCUUCAAUGAACCCAGAUGGAUUUGAAGUGGUCAUGAAGCCUGACUGUUUUUACAGUAAUGGAAGGGAAAAUAAUAACUACUAUGACCUGAAUAGAAAUUUCCCCGAUGCUUUUGAAUUUAAUAACGUGUCAAGGCAGCCUGAGACUGUGGCUGUCAUGGAGUGGCUGAAAACAGAGACGUUUGUCCUCUCUGCAAACCUCCACGGCGGCGCCCUGGUGGCCAGUUACCCGUUUGACAACAGUGUUCCAGCGACGGGGAUGUUACAUUCCCAUAGCUUAACCCCUGACGACGAUGUUUUUCAACACCUUGCACAUACCUACGCUUCAAGAAAUCCCACCAUGAAGAAAGGAGACCAGUGUAAAAACAAAAUGAACUUUCCUAACGGAAUCACAAAUGGCUACUCCUGGUAUCCACUCAAAGGUGGAAUGCAAGAUUACAACUACGUCUGGGCCCAGUGUUUUGAAAUUACGUUGGAGCUGUCAUGCUGUAAAUAUCCUCAUGAGGAGAAGCUUCCAUUCUUCUGGAAUAAAAACAAGGCCUCAUUGAUUGAAUAUAUAAAACAGGUUCACCUAGGUAUAAAGGGUCAAGUUUUUGAUCAGAAUGGGAAUCCAUUACCCAAUGUAAUUGUAGAAGUCCAAGACAGAAAACAUAUCUGCCCUUAUAGAACCAACAAAUUUGGAGAGUAUUAUCUUCUUCUCCUGCCUGGGUCCUAUGUAAUAAAUGUUACGGUCCCUGGACACGAUCCAUACCUCACAAAGGUGGUUAUUCCAGAAAAACCCCAGAACUUCAGUGCUCUUAAAAAGGAUAUUUUACUUCCCUUCAGAGGACAACUGGAUUCUAUCCCAGUAUCAAAUCCUUCAUGUCCUCAGAUUCCUCUCUAUGGUGAUUUGCCAAGCCACUCAGCUGCAACAAAGCCUGGUCUGUUCUUAUUUUUAGUGACUGUCUUUCACAUAUUUGUCAAAUAAAGCAAAAUGUGAAACACAACCCCCAUCAUCACCUGGAAUCAGGGAUUACUCACGCCAGGUUACUGCAACUCUUUUAACUCCCUCUGUGGGACCUUGACUCAAGAAACACCAUGGUCCUUUCCUAAGAAGAGAAAUGGUUGUUUUCAAACCACAACAAGCAAUGUGUGGUGAUAACAAAGGAAUGAUUUAAUCGUGAUGAAUGGAAGAAACCUACCUUUCAGGUACUGUCCACUUAACACUUAACCUUGAAGUUGUCUUAGAAAUUUAACUUGAGAAUCAAGAAAGAAGUUCCUGCAAGAAAAAAACAGAGCAAAUUUUGUAUACAGAGAGCCAGAUGAAUAUAAGCCAUAAAGAUGAAUAUUCACUGAUUACCUACUAUCUACAAAACCUGGCCAUGAGUGCUGUAUGUGAAGAUAUAGUAAGUGCCAUAUGUAAUUACUUCUCAGCACAGGGAGAAAGGAUAGGACUAGGAAUAUUUCAUGUCACAGAUGUUCUAAGGAAAUAGGAGUGGAGAGAGGCAAUCGUGUCUCAGUGGCCCAAGAAAAACAAUAUGGGCCUGGUGGGAUGACAAGGUUCUAGAUACAGAGCCCCAAAACAGGUCAGUUAACCUUUCUGCACUCAGAUGCCAGUUCUGUUAUGCUGAGGACCUCCAAAUGUGUAACUCUAGCAGCUUGCCUGAGCGUCAGACUCAAGUCCAACUUCCCACUGUACAUAUCCACCUGGAUGUGACCCACUGGUACCUCAAACUCAUGUUGAAAUGGAACGUAUUUUUCUCCCUGGAGCUGCUCUUCCCCCUGUACUGUCUCUGGUACCAGCAAACUAGAAACCCAAGAGCCAUCCUUGAUGCUUUCUCCUCCUCCCUCAGCCCGUAUAUUCAGUCAGUCACUAAAGAUUGAUGUGAAUUAUAAUUGUUGGUUGAUUCUCCCUGUGUGUGUGGCUGGUAACAUUGUCAGUUUAGGCCAUCAUGACUCACUGGCCCCACUGCAGCAGUCUUACUGGUCUCUUGCACCCAGCCUUCUCCUCUUCAAAUCCAUCUUCACACAGCACUGGGGAGGACGGUCUACUCAACAAGCAACAACAAUCAACUUGCUUAUGGUUCCUGUACACUUAAUGCACGGUUUGUGUCCCGUAUCUGAAUACCAUUCUGACCCACCACUACGUUUUCUUUCCCACUCCUUUAAAACUCAGUUCCGGUGUCAACUCCUCCAGGAAGCCUUUGCUGACCUUCAUCCCUCCCAUUCCACUCCCUCCCAGUCAAUCUGGGGACCUUCCCUCUUUGGUACUCAAAUUAAAUGGGUUACCUCUAUUAUGAAUUUACAACUGUAUUAUAAUCUUCUACUUUCAUGUGUGAUUUUCCCUAAUAGAAUGUGAGCUUUGAGGCCAGGGUCUAUUUAAUUAGUUUGAAAAAUACAUUUUUUUUUAUCUUCAGAGCCCAGUACUUAGUAGAAACUGAACGAAUGAGUGAACAAAGAGUUCUAUGAACCUACUACACCCAAUCUCUCCCAGAAACUGUGUUGGGCUUUGAGUCAUUUUGUCAAAUGAAGUCCUAUGCUUUGGCAAUCUCUAGCUCAGUAGCAACACUCAGAAGAGUUUUCAAAUACAUAUCAAGAAGUAAAUUCAAAUAUGGUGUUUUUAUUGUGCUUUGCAUUUAUCCUAAGGUUCAUAGUAAAUUAUGUUACCUCUUAACAACACAAACUACCUAUUAGAAAACAAAAUUUUUACCAUUAGUACUCAAUUGAAACAACUGUUCUCCACUAUCAUAGUUAACCUAUCUUAAAACAUUUUAUAUAAGAAUUAAGGGGGAAACAAACCAAAAAAGAGCAACUCCUAAGCAGAUUUCUAAGUGCUAUAUAUUGCUCAUGGAAUGUGAGUUGCCUUGGUUCUUUAAACUGAAAGUUCUCUAGGAUCUGAAAACAAAGCUAUGCGGUGGUUGGUAUGUGAUGAAUGCGUGAGAACCACAAAUGAGUGGGAGAUACCUGGGCACUCAGGAGCUAUUCCUGUGCCAAUCAUACUUGUUCAUCUAAACAGAAUUUGUAGUCUUUUUAUGUCUUAUAAAAUCUGGUAAUAACUUGAAUAUCUGGAUCAUUUUUAUUUAAAUAAACAGUAAUUUAUUAUGUA